AACGCCGGCCGGCAUAUUGCAUUUGUAAACAAGCUCCGAAGUACACGAAAGUGAGAUAAAUAAUUUACUCUAAUCCAACGUUAAACUUCUAUCCACGAAAAAUGUCUCUGCUACCGUAUGUAUUGGGACUGGAUGUUCCUCAUGUUCCUCGACGCCCCAUAAUUCAUCACCCAUUGUUGCCAGCCAGCCGGCUUUUGGAUCAAGAUUUCGGCUUGGCGCUCGGGCCUGAUGACUUGCUGACCGCUGUCGUGGCACCUUCACUGUCAUCAGAAUACUACAGGCCAUGGAGGCAUCUGUCAAACGCCGUUCGUGACAUGGGAUCCAGCAUUAAGGUGGAGAAGGACAAGUUCCAGAUCAACUUGGACGUGCAGCAUUUCUUGCCCGAAGAGAUCUCCGUGAAGACUGCAGAUGGGUACAUUGUGGUGGAGGGCAAGCACGAAGAGAAGAAAGAUGACCAUGGAUUUGUUUCCCGCUCGUUCACGCGCCGCUACGCCCUGCCGGAGGGAACGCACCCGGAGACCGUCGAAUCCAAGCUGUCGUCGGAUGGAGUGCUGACCAUCACGGCGCCGAAGAAAGUAUCAGACGUGUCCAAAGCUGAGCGUCCUGUACCCAUCGCCAAAACCGGCCCAGUCAGGAAGGAGAUCAAGGACCGGACUGUGCCUGACGAACCGAAGGAGGAAGAGAAGUAGGAUCUCAUUUUUUUAACUGUGAUUUUGUAAUCUCGUGAUGCGUUGCAUUUAAAAUUCGUAUUUAUUCCUUAAUCCAAAGUUUAGCAGUGCUAGUGAA